UGACGUUAGUCAGAGCUCGUUAAAUAUGUCAGAAAGAUAUGGAGAUUACCAAUCCUUCAUCUAUGGCCGCGGGGCUAUCGAAGGCAUUCGACCGAAUGUCACUACAGAUCCUCGUCUUCUCGAGGAGCAGGCGCGCAAAGCAUUAGGUGAUCGGUCUUUCAAUUAUGUUGCUGGAGGAGCCGGUGAAAAGGCCACCAUGAACAGUAAUCGACUGGCGUUUCGCCAAUGGAAGCUAGUCCCGAGGAUGCUGCGGCAGGUGGAUAACCAAGAUCUUUCCGUAGAACUCUUUGGCCAGAAGUAUCCCAAUCCUGUCCUGAUGGCACCUGUCGGUGUUCAAAGGCUAUUCCACGAGGACAAGGAAACAGGUCUAGCCGAGUCAUGUGCAGAUGUCGGAGUCCCAUAUACUCUCAGCACAGCCAGUACGAGUUCCAUUGAAGAAGUGGCUACGGCGAACGGAGACGGGAAGCGAUGGUUUCAACUGUACUGGCCGCAGGAUGACAAUGUCACGCUCUCAUUGCUGAAGCGCGCGAAAGAAAAUGGAUUUUCUGUUCUCGUAGUAACUUUAGACACUUGGUCCCUUGCCUGGCGACCGGCAGACCUGGACAAUGCUUAUGUCCCGUUCAUUAAGGGGGUUGGAAACCAAAUCGGCUUUUCCGACCCUGUGUUUCGCGCAAAGUUUGAGAAAGAAUCCGGCUCUAAGAUAGAGGAAGACAUCAUCGGAGCUUCUCGGGCGUGGGUCUCUGACGUGUUCCCUGGUCAUCCGCAUACAUGGGAGCAUAUCGCUUUCCUACGGAAGAAUUGGGAUGGUCCGAUCGUUCUCAAAGGUAUUCAACACGCAGAGGAUGCAAAGCUCGCUCUCAAAGCGGGAUGCGAUGGUAUAGUUGUUUCAAACCAUGGAGGUCGACAGGUGGAUGGUGCCAUUGGCUCAUUGGAUGUGCUUCCCGAAAUUGUGGAAGCCGUCGGUGACAAGAUGACGGUCCUAUUCGACUCUGGGAUACGGACUGGUGCAGAUAUUGCCAAAGCCUUAUGUUUGGGGGCUAAGGCAGUCUUUGUAGGGAGGCCCGUGAUAUACGGACUCGCUAUUGAUGGAAAAGAGGGAGCAAAGUCCGUAAUGAGAGGUUUGCUGGCGGAUUUGUGGCAGACUAUGAGCUUAGCCGGCAUUUGCACCGUUGCCGAGUGUUCUCGAGAUAUGAUCAGGAAAGUCCAAUAUCCUGGAGAUGUGACGGCUAUGCUGUGAUGAGACGAUGGCUGUCGUACAAAGGUCCGUCAAAAGUAGAUAGAGUAUACUUUGGUUAUCUAACUUUAUAUACAAGUUGCUGUGUUAUUAUA